AUGGAUCCUACUCAAACACUACAUACAAAAGAAAGAUGUUAUCAAAACUCACCCCAGUCAGGAAGCUGUCCGGACUGCGAGGCGCAACAGCGAUCAAGUAGUAUCAGUCGAAGUAGCGCGGCUAUCGACUGUCGCGAGUUUCUAUCUGAGGAAAUUGUAAUCGCCAAAGAAAGGAUAUCUGUCGAAGUAGCGGUCUCAGCUAUUGUCCGUCGCGAGUAUCUGAAGAAAAUGUAA